AUGUCUGAAGCUGGAGUGCUAUACUCUGAUGUGAAGUUUACAAGAGAGAAGAAAGCUAAUGUUGUCAUUUCCUCGUUGCCUGACACCACUUACUCUGAAGUAACAAUCUCAAAGACUCAGCGGUCCACAACAGAGUCACUUGAGGGGUACCAACAAGAUGUGUUGAGCAAAAGGUCAAAGGUCACCACAGAGAGAUUGGCCUUGCUGGUUGUCAGUGGUCUACUGGCUGCUGCCGUCAUUGGUCUUGUUGUUACUGUGUUUGACAACAUAAGAUUGAAGCAAAUGUUCAAAAAACAAGAUGAUCUCCAAAACAGAAAUGAAAGUGGAAACACAAAUGUCUCAGAUCAAGCAUGUUAUAAAUGUGAAGAAGGCUGGGAGCAACAUGGAGGAAAGUGCUAUUACUUCUCCAUCAGUCAAUCAUCCUGGAACAAGAGCAGAGAUGAGUGUAGAGCUAAAAGAGGAGACCUGGUUAAGAUAGACAGCAGGGAGGAGCAGACUUUCCUGAACAGAAGACUGAGAGAUGUAAUGACUGAAGCUGAGGACAAGUUCUGGAUCGGACUGACAGACUCAGCAUUUGGCGUUUUGGAGGAUGAAGGAGCCAGACAAUUGGAACGGGACACAUGGAGAACAUCCUGA